AACCCUCAAAAAGCCACAUCACUUCCGUUGUUUCACUUCUCAUCCCUCCAGCAGAGCGUCACCUCAUACAGUGUUCUCACAUCUACGAAUAGUUCUCUAACAGAAUUCACUGAGAGAAAUGUCUGCCACCGGAGAUGUCCAUGCCUUCUUCCAAAACAUGGGGAGCUCCAGUCCCAACCAGCCGCGGCAGAAAUUCUGUGGCAUGUUCUGCCCGGUGGAGGGUUCGGCAGAGAACAAGACGCUGGACUUUGACUCGCUGUCCUCAGGGAAAGGUCGAGUGAUAGAGAGGCAGAAUGAUAUCUCCAAAGCACGAAAGGUGGAGAUCAGAAGAAGUGCCGGUAAGGAGAUUCUCCAGAACCUAAACGACGAGCGAAGUGACCGUCUCCUGAUUAAAGGGGCUAAGAUUGUGAACGACGAUCAGUCGUUCUGUGCCGACAUCUAUAUCGAGGAUGGCUUGAUCAAACAAAUUGGAGAAAAUCUGAUAGUGCCUGGUGGGGUAAAAACCAUCGAUGCUCAUGGGGGCAUGGUGAUGCCAGGUGGCAUUGAUGUGCACACACGCUUCCAGAUGCCCGACAGGGGCAUGACUGCAGCAGAUGACUUCUACCAAGGCACCCGCGCUGCCCUGGCUGGCGGAACCACCAUGAUCAUUGACCAUGUGGUGCCUGAACCUGGGACGAGUCUGAUCUCUGCCUUUAAUCAGUGGCGUGAAUGGGCGGACAGCAAAGCGUGUUGUGACUACUCCCUUCAUGUGGACAUCACCGAAUGGCAUAAGGGUGUCCAGGAGGAGAUGGAGGCACUCGUCAGAGAUCAUGGAAUUAACUCUUUCCUUGUUUACCUGGCUUACAAAGAUGUCUUUCAGCUCACUGAUUCACAGAUCUAUGAAGUGUUAAGUGUUAUUCGGGAUCUUGGCGCAAUUGCUCAGGUUCAUGCAGAAAAUGGGGACAUCAUAGCCGAGGAACAGCACAGGAUCCUUGAAUUGGGUAUCACUGGACCAGAGGGACAUGUCCUCAGCCGUCCAGAAGAGGUGGAGGCGGAGGCAGUCAACCGCUCUGUAACAGUGGCCAAUCAGACCAACUGCCCUCUUUACAUUACCAAGGUGAUGAGCAAGAGUGCUGCUGAUGUCAUCGCCAAUGCCAGGAAGAAAGGCACCGUUGUGUAUGGAGAGCCAAUCACAGCAAGUCUUGGCACAGACGGAUCACACUAUUGGAGCAAGAACUGGGCCAAGGCUGCCGCCUACGUGACGUCCCCACCCUUGAGUCCAGAUCCCACCACACCAGACUAUCUAAACUCACUGCUGUCAUGUGGGGAUCUGCAGGUUACAGGCAGUGCUCACUGUACUUUUAAUACCGCCCAGAGAGCUGUGGGUAAAGAUGAUUUCACCCUUAUUCCUGAAGGGACCAAUGGCACUGAGGAAAGAAUGUCCAUCAUCUGGGACAAAUGUGUGGUAACUGGAAAAAUGGAUGAAAAUCAGUUUGUAGCCGUUACCAGCACCAAUGCAGCUAAGAUCUUCAAUUUGUACCCACGCAAGGGUCGCAUUGCCGUGGGCUCAGACGCUGACCUGGUGCUUUGGGAUCCUGAUGUUACAAAGAUUAUCUCAGCGAAGAGCCACAAUCUGGCAGUGGAGUACAACAUCUUUGAAGGCACUGAGGUUCGCGGGGCACCUCUGGUGGUCAUUAGCCAGGGAAAAAUUGUUUUGGAGGAUGGGAAUCUCCACACAACUGAGGGAUCCGGCCGGUAUGUGACACGUAAGCCUUUCCCUGACUAUGUCUACAAGCGGAUAAAGGCUCGCAGCAGGCUUGCUGAACUGAGGGGUGUCCCCCGGGGUCUCUACGAUGGGCCAGUCUGUGAAGUCUCGGUGACGCCCAAAGCAGUGACACCUGCUUCCUCUGCCAAGACCUCUCCAGCCAAGCAGGCAGCUCAACCUGUCCGUAACCUACACCAUUCUGGCUUCAGCCUUUCCGGUGCUCAGGUAGACGACAACAUCCCCCGUCGCAACACCCAACGUAUUGUUGCGCCCCCUGGUGGCAGGGCUAACAUAACCAGCCUGGGCUAGACCUCCCUUCAGCCAACAGGAGAAUAAGGGGUUAGGGGGAGGGAUGUCUAUAAAUGGAGGUGCUUACUCAGACCACUGUCAUAUCAAGUGCCAAACCCUCCAAAGGGCCUAUGAUUCUCCCCUCCCUAGUCUCCCAACCCCUUACCUCUUGCCCCAUUACCCCUGUUUUCCUUCCUGACCCUACACCACUCCCUUGAGGUGACAUCUAGAAAAAAAAGUAUUUGCCUAAUUUGAAGAGAACGAAAAAUGUAACAACCACAUUUGAGCACUUCUGAUUGUAUGAUUUUUAUACUGUACUUUCUACCCACCAUAAGUCAUGUUAUUAUUUUUUGUAUUUAAUUGUAUUUUCUUUUAAAAUCAGAGGGAUCAAGUGAGUGUAAUUGAAAUCUGUUGUUUAUCAUUGUUACAUUAUUAACAAGGCAAGCUGGAUAGUUUACUGGUUUCUCCUGUCUUUGUUUGUGGCUAAAAGUGGACUAAAUGGAUAGCUCACCCAAACUUGAAAAUUCUGUCACCAUUUACUCAUUCUCAUGUUGUUCCAAACCUCUAUGACUUUAUUUCUUCUGUGGAACAAAAAGAGAUAUGAGGCAGAAGUUUAGCCUCAGUCAUCAGGUGUUGGGUGUUACAAAGUAAUUAGUUACUGUAAUUGAAUUACUUUCAAGUUUAAAAAAUAAUAAUGUAACUUAUUACAUUUGAAAAUCUUGUAAUUAGAUUACAGUUACUGAAAACUAAGGUAGAUUCUUAAUUAAAUUACUUGGGUUACAUUUUUGGGUUUUAAAUAAUAUUAUACAAUACAUUUAAAAUAUGAAUUCAUAUGUUAAUAUGUAUGUGUGUUUGAUUCUAUGACAGCUGAAGGACGUACUACAAUGAGCCAGGAGGAAAUAUAGACAUUAUUUUGAAUUUGUUAAAGGUCCGCUCAGUAAUUUAUUAUUUUAAGUUUAACUCCUAAAUAAAUUAUUUGUCAUUUUUAAACAUAUGAAUAAAACCAUAACAACUCAAAUGAGAUUAAGACUCAAAGUCAUAGCAGUAAUUAUAAAGCAGUUUUCAUCUACAUGGAGAGGGUCCACUCAUGGGGGGCCAUGUUAUGAUCACAUGACCAGCUGAAUACUUUUCGCUUAAUCUCAGUCACCAUCUUUUUAUUGGACACGUUCACUCUUGGAUUAAAUUAAUCAUAGCUGACUGUGAAUAAUGAAUUUGUACAUGACAUCUUACAUAAUUUUUAAUGAUGCUGUAUCCACGCCACUGUAAGUCCAAGAUAACACAUGCAAAAAUAGUUACAAUGUGCAUCUUCAAGUGGAAAAACUAAAAUGUUUCUGUGAAAAGUGUUUUAGAAUGUAACUUAAAAGUAAUGUAAUUUUUAAUGUGAUUAUUUUUUGAUGAAGUAAUCAGUAAAGAAACUUGAUUACAAUUUUGAAAAGUAAUUAGUCAUUUGUAGGGUAUUAAUUUUUUAAGUAACUUGCCCAACACUAAUCACCAUUCACUUUUAUUGUAUGGAAAAAGAAGGCAAUGAAAUUGAAUGUUGACUAAGAUUGUACAAUCUGUCAUACACGUAUUGUGUUCCACAUUACUGUAUAAAGAAAGUCAUAUGGGUUUGGGAAAACUUGAGGGUGAAUAAAUGAUGACAGAAAUUUCAAUUUGGGGUAAACUAUCCCUUUAAGACAGGUAGGAACGCCAUUAUUCUUGAAUGUCUCAUUACGUUAUAAUACAGCUGACCAUAUUCCACCCAUGACAUUCAAUGUGAUAAUUUCUAAACCCAGUUAAUAAAAGAAAGAUUUUCCAGUGGUCAA